GAUCAUAUUAUUUCAGCUGGUGUGCUGCACUCACCUUCAGUUCGCGCUCCACUAUGGACCGCAAAAGGGAUGACUGGCACAGGACAAGAAGAGAAAGGAAAACCUACAUGCCCCAGAAUGACGGAUGACAGGAGUACUAUGCUGCACAUCCUUGAGGAGCCUCAGAUGCGAGGAGAAGGGGAGAGAAUUCGAACUUUUCAGAACUGGCCAGCAGAUGCACCUGUCACAUCUGGAGACCUGGCCAAGGCGGGCUUCUUCUUUCUAGGCCCCGGGGAUAAAGUCCAGUGUUUCUGCUGUGGAGGGAUUUUAAGAUGUUGGGUGCACGGGGACAGCCCAGCCGUCGAGCACAAGAGGCAUUUCCCCACUUGCAGCUUCAUACUGGGUCGAGCUGUGGGAAAUAUUCCGAUCCAAGUUGGAUCCUCCGACUCUGUGGACGGCCAGCUGUUGAGUCAACUCCAGAGGAUGACUAUGGAUGACCAGGGGACAGCUGGACAAGCGGUCUACCCAGAGAUGGAGGCGGAGGAUUCCCGGCUCACCACUUUCCACAACUGGCCCACUGAGGCUUCAGUCCAGCCAGAUGUUCUCUCCAGAGCAGGAUUUUUCUACACAGGUCACGGCGACAACGUCAAAUGCUUCUACUGUGACGGAGGGCUGAGGAACUGGGAGCCAGGAGACGACCCCUGGCAGGAACAUGCCAAGUGGUUUCCACGAUGUGAGUUUUUAAUCCAAUCGAGAGGGCAGGAGUAUAUCAGCAACAUACAGGAUGCUCAUUUCCAUCUGGGUGAGACUGUGGGUGGACCACAGACCUCCACAGGCAGAGAUAUCGGAUCCAGAAAUGAUAUGGUCGGAGGUCUGGCAGCUUCCUCGGCCAUGCUCUCUCCUGUGGUGCAGACUGUGCUGCAGAUGGGCUUUGAAGCCGGCCUAGUGGAGAGCCUGGUCCAAACCAAGUACCUUUUAACAGGCCAGCACUACACCUCUGUAUCUGACCUGGUCACUGACGUACUGCAGGCAGAGCAAGAGGACAGACAGAGGGGGCCACAGAGCAGAGAGCCAGAGAUGAGGCAGGGCUCCAGUGCCGGAAAUGUGAGGACACAAACACCCAUCAGAGAGAAAGUGAAGGACCCCAGUCCAGAGGAGCUGCUGAGGCAGCUGCAGGAGGAGAGGACCUGUAAGGUGUGCAUGGACAAACUGGUGUCCAUCGUCUUCAUCCCCUGUGGUCAUCUGGUGGUGUGUGGCGAUUGUGCUGCCAGCCUGCGUCACUGCCCCAUCUGCAGAGCUGUCAUUAGAGGCAGUGUUCGAGCCUUCAUGUCCUAAGGCUGGAAUGAAACGCCACUGCUAUACAGGUGUUGCAUGAGUGGCCUUUAGUUUUCUACUGUACUCAUUUCCCCUUGUACUGAUAAGAAAAUAAAGAGUUUUGCUGGUUGCUUUUUUUUGUUUACAGAUAAUUUUCUAUAAUAAACAUUUUAAGCUGUUCA